CUGAUUCGGUUACUUACAGCCUCUCCUAAGCCCAACGUUUCGAUAAUUUUCGACACUCCUGAGGCCUCACCUCUCCCCAUAAAGUCCUUCAAAUCCUCCACCGGUGACAUUGUACAGCCUCCCUUUGCCACGCAAUUCCAACCCUCCUCGUCGACUCAACUCUACCGAAAGCCGCGUCGCUCCAGUCUUGUGACUCAGCGCCACAUUCUCGUUAUGGCCAAACGGGCUGCCGAAGGUCGCACUGAUAUCCUCUCUCGAGAGGGUAAUUAUGAUGGUCUCAACUACGCCCCAAUGCAUCAAGUAAAUCUCGGAGCCUCCUCAUCUUUUUCUACAAUUGCGAGUCAGCGAGCCAAAAUGAUGGUCCAAAUGGCAGUCAGUCAAGCCUCACAGAAAAAACCUCGUCAAAUGAAACGAGUUGUCGACGAUGCUGCUGAAAAUUUUGCUGAUAGAAGCUUCGUCUUUGAGGAUAGUACUGAAACAUCACUGCAACCGAUGAAGGAGAGACGACCCCUAACCCUGGAAAGUCAGGAGAUGCGCGCCUUGGAUGAAGUUUUUAGCGAUUUUGUAAAAGCGGAUCCUGGACGGGGAGUAAGUUCGGAAGUGAAGAAGACACUUGGAGAGUCUUUAGUGGGAAAUGUCGUCUUGGAACCAUCGUUUGUUGAUGCGCUAGACGAAGAAUGGGGGGAUGGGUUCGAUGAGUGA